AUGGUCCCAGAUGUUCUGUUGCAAACCAAAAGCCGCGAGUUCAUACUAGCGUGGUCAGCAUAUUUAAUGGCUUCUGAUCAGAAACAGAUUCGCGAAGUCCAUGGCCGCGGGAAUGACUUCUAUUACUUCAGCCUGGGGGAUUCGAUGACAUUCUUCUCCGGAAUAAUCUCUCAUUCACAUCGAGCGGAGUCAAUUGAAGAGCUUCAGAACAACAAAAUGACCGUCGUUUGUCAAAAGAUCGGGCUACGUGCACGGGAUACCGUGAUAGAUACCGGGAUGCAGCUGGGGAACUUUCAGUGCGUUCGCAAAUGUGGAACACGAGGCGAAAGUCACCCGCGUGACUUUGAGUUGCAAUGGUGCUUCUGCAGCCUCACAGCGCCUCGAGAACCAGGGAAUAUCGUCAAACCAGAGCCGCAUACGCUGUCUCCAUUAUCGCGACAUUUCGCCGUCGUUGCCAGCGUUUUUGAAGCAGAUCUUCUGGAAGACCAAGGAGUGUUUUUCCUUCAUAUCGGUGGUCUGCGCAAGCGCUGGCAAUUUGAACAUUUGACCUGCGGACUAUUUAUGAAUAAGUACAUGUUCUCUGGGGCACAUGCGUCGGUGCCACUGGGGAUGUAUAUCAACCUUGUAGAAGGUGCUGGCUUUGAAGUCAAAAGCGUCGAUACAAUCGGGGUCCACUCUGAAACAACUAUUUGGCGCUGGUAUGGGAUCUGGAAGAGCAACAACGGUGAAGUGGUAGAUAAGUACCGUGAAAAAUGUUACCGCAUUUGGCAGUACCUUUGGCGUCGACAACCAUUCAGGAUCGAAAUGGUGGCGCAACAGCGUAUCGAAUUCCUUUGGCAAAGAGUCGGAAUCGGAGAGAGGGUUUUGGGUGUCAAGAAUCAGCUUGGGGUGCGAAAGAUGGUGCCUGAUGGGCCUCCUAUGCGCUUAUCUCUAGGGAAUGAUAAAGCCUUCCAGGAUGAAGCUUACUAUGGAGGUAUUUGGCGCCCGCACCUGAAACUUGCGUGGCUGUGCAUGACCUGCGUCGUGACGGUUGACUCAAAUCGACCGGAAAAGACGAUUGGUGCAACGAUGAGGUCCUCCACCAAGACAAGGCCCAGCAUCCGGCCAACUGCCGAUCGUCGAUACAGCGCUCGAUACCUCAUUCUCAUCUACCGUGGAACGCGCGCGCAUUUUGACCCCCUGGAAAUCCAAAGACUGGUGGCACGGGAGCAAGCAAAUUGUACCAUUGUCCGACACUCCGAGGAUGACAACGUCUCCAGUUAUUUCGCUUUUGUUGACUUCGCGGGGAAGCGCUUCCAGACUCGUAAUCUUGGACUUUUCGAUACACAACAAUAUCACCCGAAAUGGAUACAUGUCACAUCAUCACCAUGGCGGAAGUUGGAUGAAAUGAUAGCACAAGGAGACGUUCUGUGGAAUGGGAUUGUUCGCCCUAACAGGUACCCCUCCGCUGAUCACAAAAAGCCUGCAGCCAGUAAAAUAUCUUCUCCCAGGCCUUGGGAGAUGGUAGGCAGCGCGACGAGCGAAGCCUCGUUUCAGGAACUGUUAAGAAAGGAAAUGACCAUCGCGCAGUCAGAUUCACCAGAGCCAUUAUUUGAUGACUUCGAUAUUGGGGCUACUUCGGAGGAUGGUGAGACGGAGAUGGCUCGCAAUGUCAAGUACUGGCAAGAUGGGUAUCGAGCAGGCUACAAAGCAGCAAUGUUCAAGUUAAAUGUUCUUCAAGCCACACCGAAUGCUAUUUCUAGGCAUUCGGAUGUUUCACAAUGUGCCCAUUUCUUUUCACCAAAUGACGGUACUGAUGUGGAUGGCGGCGGCUCGACUUCCUGCACCCAAUCGCACAUAUCCACAGCAACAGGAAGUCAAAUCCAGUCAGAGCUCUCAAAGCUGGACUGGAAUUUUGAGCUGGAUGAUAUCUGGAAUCAUCAGCGGGCUGAGUGA